AUGGAACUCUUAUUGGAUCGAAGUUCCGGAUUUUUCGCUGUCUUAAGAGGCAAAGUGCCAGACUACCGCGGCAAUCUUGCUACUUGUGAUCAUCAUGGAAACGACACAAGUACUGGCUCAAGGAAGUUCGUUGGAUUUCAUUUGAACUGGGGUCGAUUUGGAAAUCAGGAUCACCAUUACGGCAACGAGGGUGCACCAUGCUCACUGCAAUCACCAUUAUUUACUCUUCAAAAAGGCUCCGAUGGGACGCGUGAAUGGAGCCCUGUAGACACGGGUACUGACUCAAAGAAAUUUGUUGGAUUCCACUUGAACUGGGGUCGAUUUGGAAAUCAAUUAUUUCAUUUAAUAACUGGAUAUGGAAUAGCAAGAACUUUGAAAAGAACACACUAUUUGCCGUUCAAGAAGGGAGUGAGAGACCAUGUCAUCAAAUAUUUGCAACAAUUCAGUCUUAUUUUUCCCCGACUGGAACAGACUUAUGUCUUAGCAGAGGAUGGAAUCAAUCAAACCCAAGUGAGUUUUGCUGGGUCCUGCUGCGCGUACGACAAUCCCUUACGGCUUUCUAACAAUACCGAUACCUAUUUACUAUUAAAUUUCAUUUACGGACAAAAUCCGAGAUAUUUCGAAGACUAUCUUCCGGAUAUUCGUGAAAUCCUGCAGUUUUCUGUGGAAAUGAGACGUAACGGUAGUGAGGUAGUGAAUGUUUUGAAGCGCACCCAUUCACAUUUGAUGUGCAUCCACAUUAGGAGAACCGAUUUCAUUGAGAGAAAAAUCUCCACGGAUUUGUCAGAAACUGUAAAUGCAGCGAAUAACAUUGCGAAACAGAUGAACAUUUCCCAAUUCAUGAUUUUUGGUGAUGACCAACAAUUCAUGCGCAAUAUGUCAUUUGCUAUUGUAAGAGAUGGAAAAUGGGCCGAUAAUGCUGUUCUGAUAUCAAAGUAUGAAGAAUCUAUGGAUCUUUAUAUUGCUUCUCAGAUGUGCAAAUCAUUCCUAAUUACUGCGGUUACCUCAACAUUUGGAUGGUGGCUCGCCUUUUUCAUUCCUAAUCAAAGCGCUGUAUUUUAUAUGCCAGACCGACGACCACACGCGGAUAAGGUUCCCAGCAAAGAACUGUUUCUGAAAUCAUGGCGGGAAUACUCGAAAUGA